GAGGGAAAUGAGCCACGAAGAUCGGAUCCCGACUGCCAUUUCAUUUAUCUGCAUGCAUGCAUUUAUGCUUUGAUCGAUCUGAAAUUCUCAUCCACAAUCCCAAGGCCAAGCCUUUCAAUUUUAAGUUCAAGUAUAUCAGUUGGCAGAGAGAAGAAUGGGAAAGGGGAGAAAGAAGAAAGAUAUAAUUCGUUUGGAGAGGGAAUCCGUCAUCCCCGUCCCCAAGCACAAGCUUCUAGUCACCUUGGCCAACCUCAUAAAUCGUGGAUCUGAUCGAGCCGAAUUUUUAAGGCUCUGCAAGAGAGCUGAGUAUACAAUUCGAGCUUGGUAUCUUAUGCAAUUUGAGGAUAUGAUGCAAUUGUACUCGCUUUUUGACCCCGUCUAUGGGGCUAAGAAAAUAGAGCAGCAAAAACUGUCCACCCAAGAAAUUGACGUUCUUGAACAGAGUUUCCUGGCAUACUUAUUUCAGGUGCUGGUGAAGAGCAAUUUUAAGGUAGUGACUGAUGAUGAGAUUGAUAUUGCACAUUCAGGGCAGUAUCUUCUAAAUCUUCCUAUCACAGUUGAUGAGUCUAAGCUUGACAAUAUACUUUUGAAGAGGUAUUUUGAGGAGCAUCGUCAAGAAAACCUCCCCAACUUUUCCGAUAAGUACAUAAUCUUCCGAUGUGGCAUUGGAAUUGAUCAGACAACAGAUUAUUUUUUCAUGGAGAAGGUGAACAUAAUCAUUGCACGAUUAUGGGCAUUGCUUUUGAGAAAAACUGGGCUUGGGGAAGUUUUGUCCAGAAAGAAGAGUGCACAAAAAAGAAAAGAUCCAAAGAAAAAUGAUGAUCCAAAGAAAAAUGAUGAUAUUAGCAUUGAAAGAGGACUGGAUGACUUAUAUGUUGAACGGAUUCGCAUUGAAAAUAUGGAGCUCAGUAUCCACAAUCUGCUGAGCAAGAUCACAAUCCAAGAACCUACCUUUGAUAGGAUGCUUGUUGUUUACAGGCGAGCUAGUACCCAAGAGAAAACAGAACGAGGAAUAUACUUGAAACAUUUCAGAAACAUCCCAAUGGCUGAUAUGGAAAUAAUUCUUCCUGAGAAGAAAAAUCCUGGUUUAACACCGAUGGACUGGGUCAUAUUCCUUGGCUCUGCUCUAGUUGGGCUGGUUGCUGUGAUUGGUUCACUUGAUAGGCCUAAAGCCGAUCUUUGGGUCAUUUUUGCCAUCCUUUCCACUCUGAUUGGUUAUUGUGCCAAGACAUAUUUUACGUUUCAGCAAAACAUGGCUGCUUAUCAGAACCUAAUCACACAGUCCAUGUAUGAUAAACAGCUGGAUAGUGGGAAGGGUACCCUUCUUCAUUUGUGUGAUGAUGUGAUACAACAAGAAGUCAAGGAGGUGAUUAUAUCAUUCUUCAUAUUGAUGGAACAGGGUAAAGCUACAAAACAGGAACUUGACAAGCGGUGUGAGGAAUUAAUCAAAGAAGAAUUUGGUGAGAGAUGUAACUUUGAUGUGGAUGAUGCAAUUCAAAAGUUAGAGAAGUUGGGCAUUGUUACUCAGGAUACUAUUGGAAUGUAUUCCUCUGAAGGAUUAAAGCGUGCUAAUGAGAUAAUUGGAACCACCACAGAGGAGCUGGUCCUUAAGGCAAGACAGGGUGCUACUUCUACUUGAUGUUGUCUUGGGGGUGGUAAUUCUGCUUUCAGUCACAUCUAAAAAGAUGACUCAUCUAGAUGGUCUUCUGCAAAUUUCUUCUGGAGGCCAUUUUCCACAACUGUUAAAAUGUAUGUAAUUCUCUUGAUAAACAUUUUCAAAAAAUCUGUGCAUAUUACUUCAAACGAGGUUUUUCAAGUGUAUACUUUAUCUGGAAUGCUACAAAGAUGUUGUUCGGGUCACCCAAGUCUCAUUUGUAUCAUUUCAGA